AUGGAAUCAUCUCCGUAUCCUCUGCCCGGAGGCGUGUCCGCCAUCCCGCCGGCGCAACUGGAUCUCCGGCCAGACGCCCAAGUCGACGAAGCCCUCAAGAACCCGGGGCCCGUUAUCGACGACAAGAACAUAUGGUUCUUCUGGCACAGCGGCUUCGCCCGCAUGCAUCCCUACACGCAGCGCAACGUCCGCGCCUGGCAUCGGCGCUUCUCCAAGCAGGGCUGGGUGGUGCGCGUCGUCGACCGCGAGCCGUCUUCGCCCCUCAACGUGGCCAACUUCCUCGACAUCCACGACCCGGACACGUUUCCCCAGUCUUUUGUGGACGGCACCAUUGGCGGCGACUACGCCCCUCAGCACACGUCGGACCUUGUGCGAUGGCCGCUGCUGCUCAAGUACGGCGGCGUCUAUGCCGACGUCGGCCUGAUGCAGAUUGGCGACCUUGACCGGGUCUGGAACAUGACCAUCGGCAGUCCCGACUCGCCCUUUGACGUGCUCUCGUACAACGCGGGAGGCGUCCAAGGGCGGAACCUCACAAACUACUUCCUCGCAGCCGGCCGUGACAACCCGCUCUUUGCGCGCUGCCACAAGCUGCUCCUCGCCCUGUGGGCUGCCGACGGCGGCAAGACGAGCACCGACGGCAUGCACGCCAGCCCGCUGCUUCGAGGCGUGCCGCUCAUGGGCGGUGAUGGCAUGGCGUUUGAGGAAGAUGGGAAGAAGUACGGGCCCGACGAGGUCAGCCGCAUACUGACCGACUACAUCAUCCAAGGCCAGGUCAUGUCGCUGGUCAUGUGCCUCGUGGACGACGAGGACGGCUGGGACGGACCCAAGUACGUGGCCGAGCACGUCUACGCCAUCGAAUUCAUGGUCGGCUCGCAGCUCAUCAACGACAUGACGGCCUGGAGCGGCGCGCGGCAGCUUGAGCUCAUGUCGCUUCCCCUGCCGCGCGACGGCGAGCCCGCCAGCGAAGACCAGCAGCUCGCGCGCGCCGUCGUCGAGUCCUGCCUGCGGAGGAGCUUCGGCUUCAAGCUGGCCCACGGCCUCAUUGUCCGCGUCAUGGGAGACACGCUCGGCUCGCUGUGGAGGAAACACACGGGCGCCGACAACGUCGCCGGCACUUACGGCCACUGGCUGCGGUACGGCAUGGUCCACUGGUGUCCGACCCAUCUCUCGCCGCGGCUCGAGUUUACCGAGAUUGCGCCCUUGAAGAGAGGACCGCUGUUGCGGGCGGAGGGCGAGAUUGCGGGCGGAGGGGGAGAGCCGGCUGUCUUUGACAUGCUCAAGAAGACGUAG